ACCACUGCUUUACAGUCAAUAUUUUUUGGGGGAAAAUACAUUUCUGCCUAUUCAUCACUUCUUUCCUUUUUGCAUUCUGGUUUAUGCCUUCACUGUUUUGCUGAGAAUGUCCAAUGGGCUUCCAAUAACCUUCUGAUGACCAGACCUAGAGCACGUUACAUCAAAUGGCCUUUCUAAAACUGUUCAAAUAAUUUACUAGUUCAUCCAGCUUGAAAAAAAGUUGUUUAAAGACAGUAACAUUCCAAGUUUUGUCCUUGAUUAAUUAAUUCUUUGAAAGUGUUCAAAACUAGGCCGAACAACCACUUGGUGGAGAUGUUGUAGAGAGAAUGGUCAGACUAAAAAAGCCCUCAAGCUCUGAACUUUAUAUUCCAGAUUAUUGUGAUUAUACUGAAUUUUUGAAAUCUAUGGUUGGAACCCAAAUGAAUAAAAAUUAACGUCUUAGGUAGAUAUUUUAUACACUUGGCCAAAAGUAUUCCAAAAGCAAAAUAUAUUUACAAGGUAGUAAAUUAAAAAAGUGAUAGGAGUAUUGAAGAAGCCAGCUAGCAAUUUCUGGAUCUAAGUAGUAAUAGAAAUUAAGAGUAAAAAUUGUUAGGAUAAACUGAUUUUAUCGAAUCAGCUCUGUGUUUAUAUGGACUUGACUAGAGAAAUAAAAACCAUUUUUAUAAUACCCUCAACGUGUCUUGUUUUAAACCAAAAGUACUUUUGUUGUAUUGUAUAAAAAUUUACUGUGUUCUCAUCAUGACAGAUAUACAGCAUACUGAAAAAAUCUCCAAGAAUGAAAUUGAUCCUAAUGUACCUCAAGAUGAGAAACAAAGUGAAAUCUCUAUAAGCAAAACCCUCUGCAUAGAAAAAGAAUUAAUUAGUCAAGGACAAACCUUGAAUGUUACUGACUUUAGAAAAGCAGCUACUACAGAAAUAAAAGACAAGGUGGGCUUGGAAAGAGACAAUGAAUCCACAGAAUUUAAAUCACCAAAUAAUUCUUUUUUAGGGGCAGAUACAUCAAUAGAAACAGACAGCAUACACCUAGAAAGAACUGAAGGAUUCGAUGUUCACCGUCCAGAUUUACAUCUGGAGGUUGAAAGUAACAGAAUAUCAUUUAACAGUGUCUUAAAUGAGAUGGCUCACAGUACAAAUCAUAAAAAAGAUAUUUCUGAACAACAGUUUAGAUUGCUUCCAGAGACUCAAGAAAAUGCUACAAAGAAGACAGUUACAAACAGUGACCAAGCCAAAAUAGAUUUGGAUUCAUCUCUGGAUGUAAAAAAGAAUCCUGUUCAGUGUCAAAGAUACAAUUUACAUGACUCAAGUAAUGUUAUAUUAGAUGAUAAACAGUGUAAAAUAGAACAAAUACAACUGGUAAAUAAUAAAAGUGAGUGCAGCACACUACCACUUAAACAAACUUCAGAUGUUCAGCAAAUCUGUAAGGAUACUUCAGAGAAGCCUGGACUAACUAUUCCCUAUGACAUUGCAGUUGAAUACCCCAUUUCAUCUGCAGUUUUCAGUGAUAAUCUUAAAGUAUUUCUUAAGAAUUCAGAUACAAAUGUUAAUAUGAUGCCUAUAUUGGUGAAACCAAACUCAAGCCCUGGGAAAAGCGCUGUAUGUAAAAAUCUGAAUGACUCACAAAGUUCAUUUAAAGACUGUUUGGGAGAUUCAGAAAACAGUAUGAACAUUUCUCAACUUCAAGUUAACAAUGAGAAUAUACAUACCUCACAAGCCAAAGAUAUGAAAACUGCUGUUCACAUGAAAACUUGCACAGAAAUGCAGUUUUCCAGUAAAGAGAGUCACAUUGAUGAGAAUCAGUUAACUGAAACUACAAAAAGUGACCUUUUCCUGUUUGUGGAUGUUAAUGAAAGACAGCAUACAUUGUUAAAUAAUACUGAGAAAACAGAGUCAUUAAAUGACAUCGUUUCAGGAAAAAUUUACAGUGAAGGACAGCUGGAAGAAUCAUGUUCAUUUCACAUAAAGCCAUCUGGAGAUUUAGUAAACAGAAGUGGAAAGUCAGCCUUUGAUCUUUCAACUUCAUAUAAAAAAACUGAGAAAACUCCAGUAUAUGUGAAUUUUUUAGACCCCAGUUCUUGGUCAAAAGUAAAUCAAAAUGAAAGUCAAACAGUGAGCGCUUCAACUUCUGGCAUUCCCUUGUUGCUGAACGAGAGACCAAUAGGCCCAUCAGAAAAUGAAAAGAUUGUUUCAAUGACACUUUGUAAAAAUGUCAGGAAGGAUAUUGGGCCAGGUAAGAAAACAAGCUUUAUGUUUACUUUAAAAAUUUAUUAUUUCUGUUUAGUAUUCUUGGUAAAAAUUCUACAGAUUAUGUUCAAAAUGAAAACAUGUUAGUAUUUAUUUUUUUCCUAAACCUAAAAUAUUCCCUAUAUAGUAAAAGUAAAGGCUUUAUUUAGAUGAAAAUGGAUUUUUCACCUAAAUCUGAACCAGUUUUGUCAACAUAUACUGAGGCAUAAUUGCAUUUUGGAAAUUAAAAAACAAACAAACCAAGGAACUGAAAAUAACAAAAACAACCACAGGUCCAGGCAACUAAUUUUAAAUUAGGAACUGCUACUUCAUCUGAGGUCUUUACUUUCUAGAGCAAAUGCAGAGAAGUUGAUAAGGCUUCUUCCAGUGCCCAUGUUUAUCCCUUACA